AUGGAUAAUGAUGACGAAGGGGGAUAUGAUCCUCGAGAUUUUGUUUAUUCUCAAUCAAGUGAUUCUGGUUCAGAUGAUGAAAUGAUCAAUUUAAAGAUUAAAAAUUUAAAAUAUAGAGAAUACCAAGCACCUGUUUCUAGAAAUAUUAAUAACACUGCGAAUCAAAAAGAGCUUACCACGGAAUAUUAUAAUAGUGAGGGUGAAAAUUCUAUGGACUCGUUUUGCCGUAAAUUGCAGAAACUGGAUGUCGAUACGUCUCAAUAUACUUUAUCCUUUUCUAAAUUAUUAUCCACACCCAGGUCUAAUAUUCCUUCCGAUUAUUCUGAUUCAGCAGAUGAACAUUUGAAAACGCCUCAAAAUUAUUCAAGAUCAAAAUUUACUUGCAUUCGUUUAUCAGAUACAUUUUCAAGCUCUGCUAAAUGGAAUAAUUCAUACUCUCAGUCAUUACAAACAUCAAAGUCAGUUGAUAAUAACACGCUUCAUUCCAUUGAAGAUCCUUUGCAAUUCGGUUGCAACCAUCCGGAAUAUCCAAUAACUAAGCUUCCAUCAAAAACCCUAUCUUCGUAUUCCCAUCAAAAGAAAACUUUAAAUAAUCAACAAAUUAUGAAGAAUACUAUACCAACACGUUCAAAUCCCAAACGAACUUCAACCAUCAUUCUACCAUCGUAUGAAAAUAAACAAAAAGUGAAAAGAUUAAUAGUUUGUAAGAAAACUAGUUGCGGAAAAUCCUUUGCUACCGAAUCUGAAUUAGAAGUUCAUGAACAAACCAUACAUCCAUAUAAGUGUCAUUAUUGUAAUUCAAGAUUUGAUAAAACUUAUUCUGUCGAAAAACAUAUGUAUUUACAUACUCUUAAGUUUCCAAUGGAAUGUGAAGUACCAGGAUGUGGGAAUAUUUUUUAUGCGAAUAAGCCUUACGAAAAAAAUACUAAAAAAUUAGUAGUAGAAAAUGUUAAUAACGAAAGAUCUAAAGUAAGCACGACGAAUAAGAGAAGUGGAGUAAAUGAAGAUAAUAAAGGUUUUGUGGAAAAUGUUAAUAACGAAAGAUCUAAAGUAAACACGAAUAAUAAGAGAAGCGGAGUAAACGAAGAUGAUAAAGGACAUAAAAUAAAUAUGAAUAAUAAAAGGUGUAGAGUAAGUGCGGAUAAUGAAAGUUCUGAAGUAAGGGUAGAUAGAGUUGUGGUAGUGAUAACAGAUAUCAAUAGAUAG